AGCUAGCUUGAAUGUGGUGACGGUUCUCUCAAUUCUUCUCAAGAGAGCAUAUAAGGGGCGAAAACUGGCUUUGAGACACCCCUGGAUGAUCACACGCAAAACACCUAAUAAUGGACAAAGAAAACAGUGAUGUUUCAGCUGCACCUGCUGACCUGAAAAUAUCCAAUAUCUCAGUCCAAGUGGUCAGUGCCCAAAAGAAGCUGCCAGUGAGACGGCCACCGUUGCUGGGGAGACAACUACCAUUGCCAGGAAGACGACCACCACAAAGACCCAUUGGCAAAGCCAAACCCAAGAAGCAAUCCAAGAAAAAACUUCCCUUUUGGAAUGUACAAAAUAAAAUCAUUCUCUUCACAGUAUUUUUAUUCAUCCUAGCAGUCAUAGCCUGGACACUUCUGUGGCUGUAUAUCAGUAAGACAGAAAGUAAAGAUGCUUUUUACUUUGCUGGGAUGUUUCACGUCACCAACAUUGAGUUUCUUCCUGCAUACCGACAAAAGGAGUCCAGGGAGUUUCUUUCAGUGGCACGGACUGUGCAGCAAGUGAUAAACCUGGUUUAUACAACAUCUGCCUUCUCCAAAUUUUAUGAGCAGUCUGUUGUUGCAGAUGUCAGCAGCAACAACAAAGGCGGCCUCCUUGUCCACUUUUGGAUUGUUUUUGUCAUGCCACGUGCCAAAGGCCACAUCUUCUGUGAAGACUGUGUGGCCGCCAUCUUGAAGGACUCCAUCCAGACAAGCGUCAUAAACCGGACCUCUGUGGGGAGCUUGCAGGGUCUGGCUGUGGACAUGGACUCUGUGGUACUAAAUGCUGGGCUUCGGUCGGAUUACUCGUCAACCAUAGGAUCUGACAAAGGCUGCUCUCAGUACUUCUAUGCAGAGCAUCUGUCUCUCCACUACCCGCUGGAGAUCUCUGCAACCUCAGGGAGGCUGAUGUGUCACUUCAAGCUGGUGGCCAUAGUAGGCUACCUGAUUCGUCUCUCAAUCAAGUCCAUCCAAAUCGAAGCCGACAACUGUGUCACUGACUCCCUGACCAUUUACGACUCCCUUUUGCCCAUCCGGAGCAGCAUCUUGUACAGAAUUUGUGAACCCACAAGAACAUUAAUGUCAUUUGUUUCUACAAAUAAUCUCAUGUUGGUGACAUUUAAGUCUCCUCAUAUACGGAGGCUGUCAGGAAUCCGGGCAUAUUUUGAGGUCAUUCCAGAACAAAAGUGUGAAAACACAGUGUUGGUCAAAGACACCACUGGCUUUGAAGGGAAAAUUUCAAGCCCAUAUUACCCGAGCUACUAUCCUCCAAAAUGCAAGUGUACCUGGAAAUUUCAGACUUCUCUAUCAACUCUUGGCAUAGCACUGAAAUUCUAUAACUAUUCAAUAACCAAGAAGAGUAUGAAAGGCUGUGAGCAUGGAUGGUGGGAAAUUAAUGAGCACAUGUACUGUGGCUCCUACAUGGAUCAUCAGACAAUUUUUCGAGUGCCCAGCCCUCUGGUUCACAUUCAGCUCCAGUGCAGUUCAAGUCUUUCAGACAAGCCACUUUUGGUAGAAUAUGGCAGUUACAACAUCAGUCAACCCUGCCCUGUUGGAUCUUUUAGAUGCUCCUCCGGUUUAUGUGUCCCUCAGGCCCAGCGUUGUGAUGGAGUAAAUGACUGCUUUGAUGAAAGUGAUGAACUGUUUUGCGUGAGCCCUCAACCUGCCUGCAAUACCAGCUCCUUCAGGCAGCAUGGCCCUCUCAUCUGUGAUGGCUUCAGGGACUGUGAGAAUGGCCGGGAUGAGCAAAACUGCACUCAAAGUAUUCCUUGCAACAACAGAACUUUUAAGUGUGGCAAUGAUAUUUGCUUUAGGAAACAAAAUGCAAAAUGUGAUGGGACAGUGGAUUGUCCAGAUGGAAGUGAUGAAGAAGGCUGCACCUGCAGCAGGAGUUCCUCCACCCUUCACCGCAUCAUCGGAGGCACAGACACCCUGGAGGGGGGUUGGCCGUGGCAGGUCAGCCUCCACUUUGUUGGAUCUGCCUACUGUGGUGCCUCGGUCAUCUCCAGGGAGUGGCUUCUUUCUGCAGCCCACUGCUUUCAUGGAAACAGGCUGUCGGAUCCCACACCAUGGACUGCACACCUUGGGAUGUAUGUUCAGGGGAAUGCCAAGUUUGUCUCCCCGGUGAGAAGAAUUGUGGUCCAUGAGUACUAUAACAGUCAGACUUUUGAUUAUGAUAUUGCUUUGCUACAGCUCAGUAUUGCCUGGCCUGAGACCCUGAAACAGCUCAUUCAGCCAAUAUGCAUUCCUCCUGCUGGCCAGAGAGUUCGCAGUGGGGAGAAGUGCUGGGUAACUGGCUGGGGGCAAAGACACGAAGCAGAUAAUAAAGGCUCCCUUGUUCUGCAACAAGCAGAGGUAGAGCUCAUUGAUCAAACCCUCUGUGUUUCCACCUACGGGAUCAUCACUUCUCGGAUGCUCUGUGCAGGCAUAAUGUCAGGCAAGAGAGAUGCCUGCAAAGGAGAUUCGGGUGGACCUUUAUCUUGUCGAAGAAAAAGUGAUGGAAAAUGGAUUUUGACUGGCAUUGUUAGCUGGGGACAUGGAUGUGGACGACCAAACUUUCCUGGUGUUUACACAAGAGUGUCAAACUUUGUUCCCUGGAUUCAUAAAUAUGUCCCUUUUCUUUUGUAAUUGUACCAGUUGUAUUUUUACUGUGAUUUACGUUAAAAAUAGAUACUUUACAAUGAUGCAGUAAUUGGCUGGGUGCGCUGGCUCACACCUGCAAUCCCAGCACUUUAGGAGGCCGAGGCGGGCAGAUCAUAAGGUCAGUAGAUCAAGACCAUCCUGGCUAACAUGGUGAAACCCUGUCUCUACUAAAAAAAAAAAAAUUUGCCGGGCGUGGUGGCAGGUGCCUGUAGUCCCAGCUACUCAGGAGGCUGAGGCAGGAGAAUGGCAUGAACCCGGGAGGUGGAGCUUGCAGUGAGCCAAGAUCAGCCACUGCACUCCAGCCUGGGUGACACAGCGAGACUCCAUCUCAAUAAAUAAAUAAAUA